CGCCAGGGAGGUCAUGGAAAUACCGUCUUCCGUCCCCCGGGGUAUGCCUCCUCCGUUGGGUAUAAAUACCCAGGCACUAACCGACUGAAGGCAGAAAGAGCAGCCGAGCUCACUAGAAGACGAAGUCCUCUGAGGAAUUACAAAGUCUCACGAUGAAGUUUGCUUCCUUAGUCCUCGCCCUCCUGCUGGCGGUGUCCGCCCUCUUCACCACGACCUCCGCAAGCCCCGUGGCCGACCCCGAGCCCUUCAAGAAGUUCAAGAAGGGCGGCUUCGGUAAGAAAGGUGGCUUCGGAGGUGGCUUCGGACACGCCCCCAUCUACCAGCCAGUCCACGUCAUUCCCGUCCCCGUCCACGUAGGCGGAUACGGACAUGGUGGCGGAUACGGCGGUGGUUUUGGUGGCGGAUACGGUGGUGGCUUCGGUGGUGGAUACGGCCACGGGUGGUAGACACAUCCACCGUCGUCGACGACGCCAGAGAGAAGCUAACUAGUCAGUCAGUCACUGGCAGGAAAACCUUUUUUUAGGAGAUUGCCUCUACGAAGGAUAUUCUCCCGAAGGAUAAUCUAAAACAUUAAAAAAUCCUUUCGCGUAUCCUACUCAAGAUUAGGAGUACCUCGUCUCUGUUGAUUCAAAUUGUAUCCUAAGGAUAUACUGGUCUUGUCUUUAGUUGUCUUUUGGUGUCUUAUUUCCUUUUUUUACUCUAAUCCCAUCUACCUCUGCCAAGUGGUUCAAACAGCUGAGAUUCGCUGACUCAUUUCGAUGUAUUUUAUGUUUUUUCUCGAAUUUCUGAACCUGUAACGAUGUAAAAUACAGUUUUUAUAAAACCUUC